CCUACCAAGGCUGUCUCAUGAGAGCUCUUCCCGGAAGUGGGAUCUGCAGUCCUGAAGACUGGUCAGCCAACUGUCUGGAAAUUUUGGAGUGAUCCCUAAUGGGCAAGUGUUUGGGUUCCUGAGAAAAUUUGCUAGUCAGUCCUGACUGAGUCUCAGCCGUUCUCCACAGACCCUGUUGAGAAGAAGGAAGAAAACAGCAACAUGAAGAAGAAGAGGAGUCAGCUCCCAGAGCGCCUCGCAGCUUGGGACCGCUCUCAGGGCCCAGUUGGUUUACACAACAUUGGACAGACCUGCUGCCUUAACUCCCUAAUCCAGGUAUUCAUUAUGAAUGUGGGCUUCACCCAGAUACUGAAGAGGAUAACAGUGCCAAGGGGAGUAGAAGAGCAGAGGAGAAGUGUCCCCUUCCAGCUGCUCUUGCUGCUGGAGAAGAUGCAGGACAGCCGGCAGAAAGCAGUGCGACCCAUGGAGCUUGUCUCCUGUCUCCAGAAGUACGAUGUACCAUUGUUUAUCCAGCAUGACGCUGCUCAGCUCUACCUUACAGUCUGGAACCUAAUUAAGGACCAAAUCACUGAUGUGGACUUGGUAGAGAGGCUACAGGCCCUGUACGUUAUCCGGAUGAAGGAGUCCUUGAUUUGCCUUGAAUGCACCACGGAAAGUAGCAGAAACAAUAGUAGCAUGCUGACUCUCUCUCUUCCUCUUUUUGAUAUGGACUCAAAGCCCCUAAAAACACUGGAGGACGCCCUGCACUGUUUCUUCCAGCCCAGGGAGUUGUCAGGCAAGAGCAAGUGCUUCUGUGAGAACUGUGGCAAGAAGACCUGUGGGAAACAGGUCUUGAAGCUGACCGAUUUGCCCCAGACCUUGACAAUCCACCUAAUGCGGUUCUCCAUGAGGAAUUCACGGACAGAAAAAAUCUGCCACCCACUGUAUUUCCCCCAGAGCUUGGAUUUAAGCCAGGUCCUUCUGACUGAGAACGACCUCUGCAAUGCUGAGGACCAGCUCGGGGGACAGUAUGAACUCUUUGCCGUGAUUGCCCACCUGGGGCUGGCUGACUUUGGCCAUUACUGUGCCUAUGUCCGGAAUUCUGUGGAUGGAAAGUGGUUCUGCUUCAAUGACUCCAGUGUUUGUUGGGUAUCCUGGGAAGACAUCCGGUGUACCUAUGGAAAUCAUAACUGCCGCUGGCGGGAAACUGCAUAUCUUCUGGUGUACAUGAAGACUGAAUCCUAAUGGAUAUACCCCAAAUCUUCAGAGACUGACAAAGUAUCAUUUUCUUUUUCUAUUCCUGAAUCUGCUCUUUAAGAGAUUUUGCAGUUAAGAGAAGUACUAUUUUCAAAUUGUAUAAUUUAACUUAUAAUCAGGGGUGAUUAUCAAAAUACUGAACAGUGAGACACUGCAUAGGUCUUGAUCAGUCAGAAUGGACACUUGCACCAGUGGACCCCAGCCACAGGGUUGGAGCAGGGUCCUGAGUGCUCCUUGCUAUACAAGCCAUUGAUCCUUCAGUUGGGAGAUUGUGGGAAUCCAGAUGCUUUCAGAGGAGGAGAGAGCUGGUCAGCAAUGGUAGCGGGAAGCAUUCGGGUGGCAAGGGGCAGUGGUAGGGAAGGAAGUACUUCAGUAUUUUACAACUAGUAUGACCAUACUGGUAUGUACUGGCUGAAUAUCAUUUCUGUCAAUAAUUAUUUUAUUUUAUUUUUAGAACCCAUAUUAAUUCCAUAAAACUCAAGUGUUUUAUCAUUGUUAUUCAUUUAUUUGACGAAUAUGUAUUGAUCACCUACUCUCCUUAAGAUAAUUUGCUAGGCACAAUGAUGAAUAAAAUUCUCUCAAAAGGUGUUUGCAGUUUAAUGAGUAAUUAAAAUACAUAAGAUACAGAGGGUUUGUGUUAACAGGAAUUCAAAGGAAAGUGAAAGCACUUCCAUUGUGUGGCCAUGGGAGCAGCCUUCAGACUGGAAAGGGGCUUAGGGUGGAAGACAAUGCACUUACAGGGAAAAGCACAUUCAGUGACUUGGUUGAAAAAGGCAAGGCUCAAGGUUCGAAGAUUGCCUACAAACCUGGCUUCCCUCUACUGAGGAAGAAAGUGCUGAGUGACAGUGAUGGCAGGUAGUGGGGGCUCUGAAUGUAGAGAGUCUUGAACUAAGCUAAAGAAUUUGGAUCUAAUUUAAGAGGUGAUGGAUGAGGAGCUGUUGAGGGGCUUCAAAAAGAAAAGGAACAUGUAGUGGUAUUUUGGUAAAAUGAAUCUGCUGGCGGCUGGGGACAUGGAUUGGAGACAUGAAAGGGUGAAUAGAAAGGCGUUCAGUCACUAGAGCCAUUUUGGAGGUAGAACAGAUGGGGACAGCGAAAGAAGGGAGUCCAGGGAGACUCCAGUACCAACCUGGGAAGUGAGCAGGGUGGAUGUUAACAUCCCCAUUUCACAGAUGAGGCGAUUGAAACCUUCAUAUAUUUAAUGACUUAUUCAAGAUUUCAUACUUGAUAAAAGCCAAAACUUCCAAAAUAAUUGUGGGUAAUUUCUUUAUCAAUUUAUUUGGCAAAAAAUUAGCCAAGAAAGAAUAAAUUCUUACUGUAAAAUAGUCAAACAAUUUAGAAGUAUAUAGAAUAUCUUCCUUAGAGCUUACCAUUGUUAAACAGGUGUUUAUUAGUUUUCUACAGCUAUUGUAACAAAUUAUCACAAAAUGAGCGACUUAAAACAACAGCGAUUUAUUUUCUCACAAUUCAGGAGGUGGGAAGUCUGAAAUUGAGGUGUCAGCAGUGUUGGUUCUUUCUAGAGUGUCUGU